UCUCGACGAAAGAGAAAGGUUGAGAUUGAAGGGUACGAAGAGCAAAAGCACGGCGGUGGUGGUGUUGGAAGCUUCUCAGUUUCAGCUCUUUCCCUUUUCCUGAAAAGCUCGCGGUCGCAGCGAGAGAGAGAGACUCGCAGUUGCUGCUCAUGCUCGUGCUCGUGCUCGUGCUCGUGCUCGUGCGACGCCAAGCUUCGCUCGCUUCUCUCACCGUCACUCUCUCUCUGGUCUUACUGGCAUAGCCAGGUAAGAAUCUUGCAUAAAAGCAGUUGCCUGUGGGUGUUGAGUUUUGAUCGGCUGAUUCGUUGAUCUUCUCGAAGGGAUGAUACUCUCUGCUCUUUUAACUUCUGUCGGGAUCAAUCUUGGGCUCUGUCUUCUGUUUUUCACUUUAUAUUCCAUCUUGAGGAAGCAGCCUAGUAACAUCACUGUCUAUGCACCUCGCUUGGUUGCUGAGCAUAAGAUUGAGCAGAGGAGGCAGUUCAAUCUCGAGAGGCUACUUCCUUCUCCUGGGUGGGUGAGACAAGCAUGGCAGCCCACCGAAGAAGAACUAUUAUCACUCUUGGGCCUGGAUGCUGUAGUUUUUACGCGUGUCUUUAUUUUCAGUUUGAGAGUAUUUAGCUUCGCUACAAUUGUUGGGAUCGGCAUUCUCCUUCCUAUUAAUUAUCUGGGUACUCAGCUGAGUGAUGAUUCUGAACUGCAAAACAAGUCUCUCGACUCUUUCAGCAUUUCGAAUGUCAAUGACGGUUCAAACUGGUUGUGGAUCCACUUUUCUGCUGCAUAUAUUUUUUCCGGAGUGGUGUGCUACCUUUUAUAUUAUGAGUUAAGCUAUAUAUCUGACAAGAUAAUUAAGUGCUUCUAUUCAUGCAAACCUUUGCCUCAUGACUUUACUGUACUUGUCCGUGGUAUCUCCACUUCAUUGGGACACACCGUUAGUGAAGAUGUAGAGAGCUUUUUCACAGAGUACUAUCCUUCUACCUAUCUUUCCCAUUCAGUUGUUCGUCGAACCAGCAAACUUCGAAGUCUCAUAAGUAAUGCAGAUAAGCUGUACGAGAAACUGACUCGCGUAAAAUCGAAUAAGGAUACUCCAAGAAGGUUCAAACGUGAUGGUCCAUUAGGACUUUUUGGACGACAAGUUGAUCUUGCAGACCAUGAUGAGAAGAAGUUGGAAGAUCUAGAGGAGCGGGUGAGGAUAGAGCAGUCUUUGUUAGCAGGACAGGAAGUUCCAGCUGCCUUUGUCUCAUUCAAGACACGCUUUGGUGCUGCCACAGCUCUGCACAUCCAACAGAGGAUUAACCCUACCAAGUGGGUCACUGAGCAAGCUCCUGAACCUCAGGAUAUUCACUGGGCUUUCUUUUCUGCAUCAUUCUUAAGAAGAUGGAUCAGCAACCUGGCUGUGGUGGCUGCAUGUAUUGCCAUAACUAUUUUAUUUCUCAUUCCAGUUGUAAUAGUGCAGGGUCUUACUAAUCUGGAUCAGUUGGAGACCUGGUUCCCUUUCCUUGAAGGAUUGUUAAAAAUAACAUUCAUUAGCGAAGUGAUAACAGGAUAUCUUCCCAGUCUGAUUCUUCAGCUGUUCCUCUCUCUUAUACCCCCUGUUAUGGUGGUACUUUCUUCAAUGCAAGGAUAUAUAGCCUUUAGCCAAAUACAAAAAAGUGCAUGCAUCAAGGUGUUGUGGUUUACAAUCUGGAAUAUUUUCUUUGCAAAUGUACUAUCAGGCUCGGCUCUCUACCGAGUUAAUGUUUUCCUUGAUCUCAAGAAUAUUCCUACGGUGCUUGCUGAGGCUGUUCCUGCUCAGGCAUCAUUCUUCAUUGCAUAUGUUGUAACAUCUGGAUGGACCAGUGUAUCGUCAGAGCUUUUCAGGCUGCUUCCACUCAUCUUUCAUGUUUUGGCAAAGGUCUUUGCUAGAAAAGAUGCCGAGGAAUUUGAGGUUCCACAGAUUCCUUACCACAGUGAGAUACCCAAAAUUAUCUUCUUUGGGGUUCUUGGUAUAACAUACUUCUUCCUUGCUCCACUGAUUCUGCCAUUCCUCCUGAUUUAUUAUUGCAUGGGAUACAUUGUCUACCGCAACCAGCUACUGAAUGUUUAUAUCUGUAAGUAUGAGACCAGCGGAAAGUUUUGGCCCAUAGUACACAGUUCAACAAUUUUUUCCUUGGUCUUGAUGCAUAUUAUUGCUAUUGGUAUCUUUGGACUUAAAAAUCUUCCCCUAGCAUCAGGUUUAAUGGUUCCUCUCCCAGUUCUCACCCUUCUGUUCAAUCGGUAUUGCCAGAAACGGUUCCUGCCUCUAUUUAAAGCUUAUCCAGCUGAGUGCUUGAUAAAGAAGGAUAGCGAGGACCAGAAUGAUCCCACGAUCGGUGAAUUCUACAAUAAAUUGGCCACUGCAUAUGAAGAUCCAGCUAUGAGGCCAACACAAUAUUCACUAAGCACCGAUUCGCGCAGCACUCCCCUUCUUCAGGCUGCAGAAGUUGAGAACCUAGCUUGACGAGGAAUUUCUUCUUGUAUAUUACCAGAGUUCCCGAGUUUGUUUUGAGUGAUUUGGGUUGGUGACGUGAGAAAAACCUGUCUAUCCAAUACUAGCAUAAAGUUCGAUUCAGAAAUUAUCCAUUGUUUUGGGGCUGUUCUUGAACUUGAAGUAUCAAGCGCGUCCAUCAGCAUUUAUCGGUUUGACCUUUGGCAUUGGGGGUUAUGGAAGGUGCAUCGGUAUUGUAUGGGUUCUGUUGCUAGAUAUGUAUCCUUGGCCAGCAUAAGUAUAGAGAUGAGCACAUGUAUCAAAGGGUUUGUAAAGACUGAACUGGGUGAUUCUUUGUUCUGAUUUCCAAAGGAUUGAUUCUGAAGGAUGAAUUACUUUAAAAA